UGUGAUUUUUUUUUUAAGACAAAAGGGGAGGAGUCAUGCGCCCCACGCCCCCGCGUGGAAGUGAUUAUCGAAGGAGAUGAACUAUAGGCCUAUAUAUGUUCUUCACUCGAUUUAAACAAAGUUUUUCUUGAUAAACUCUGUUUUAUAUCGGCGAGAAAACGGGGUUUAUCUGAAUUAUUGGGUAAAUGGCGCGCCAUACACGUACACGUGAUUGGGUAUACUAUGGGUAUAGUACGGUUAAGUUGGAGCGCGCCUGCCUGACGUUGAGGCGACCUCGACGUCAAAUCGCGACGGAACCUACCGACGGUACGGUACAUACACAUAACAGUGCAUGGCCCGCGUGGGACUACUACAACUUCACUUGGAGUAGGGCGUUCAUGUAUGCUCUGUAGCUGUGGCAUAAUUGGCAACAAUCAGGCAAUUAUUCAUAAUACCAGUAGAUCUAUAUUCGUGGUCAUUCUUUUUUCAUCGUGAGAGUGCUAUUUGUGACUUUGUCUGUGACGUGAGCAAGAUUCGGAUCGUGAUGGCAGAGAAUUCAUCUGAUUCUGACAACGUCAGCGAUCAUGAUGAUAGAACAAGUUCCUUGCCAGGCCCGAGGCCGCCAAGAAGGAGAUUAAAACGGAGGUAUUCGGGCUUUCGCUGCAUGUCAGGUGGGUGCUGCAACACGGCAUAUGACGGGUACUUUGUUCAUAACAUGGCUGGAGCUAUGCCGAUAGAAGGGACGAGUUUCACCACAACUCAGCUAGCUUGGGUUGAUUUCGUAAGUCAGAUGAGGCCGGAGUUUGAUCGCGAAGUAGCAAGGACAUACAAGAGAAUAUCAUUAUGCAGUGGCCACUUCCGAGAGGAGGAUUACGAGUCAACGCAGUUAAAAAUGUACAAGCACGGGCUGAGAUCGAAGCCGCCCCAACUGGAGAAAGAUGCGAUUCCAACCAUUUAUGUUGCAAAGCAACUAUUUCCUCCGGACUGGUUUGUCCCACUGCAAGUUCCAACGCCAAUGGAAAGCUUCUUUAUCUUGAAAAAGAGCCGUGAAUGCCAUCGAGGAACCCAGGUUGACAUCAAACCAGUAACGGUACAAAAACACUACCGGUCAAGGGCCGUCAGUGUGCGUAGUACAUAUUGGUCUAGGAAUAAAAGAAUACAAACAGAAAAGAUCCGCGUUCAAACCAAGGACUCAUGGACACAAUAUGAGGAGGAUCCAACCAGCCAGGCUACUGAAGCAGACACAGCUGGAGACCCUGAAGCAGACAUAGAAGUGGGGCCAUCGGAGGAAGUAGAUGGGCCAUUGGAGGAAGUAGAUGGGCCACUGGAGGAAGUAGAUGGUCCACUGGAGGAAGUAGAGUGGGCAUGGGAGGAAGAGGAUGAGCCACCGGAGGAAGAAGAUGAGCCACCGGAGGAAAAAGAUGAAGUCAGGCUCAAACGGGAAGCGAAAGCCCUAAAGAAGGAUCCUGACUACAGUCCACGGGAUGAGCUUCGUGGUCCUAGAGCCUGUAGACCAAAAUUGAUUCCUGACAUGUGUCUUGGUGACCUGGACAACCUUGAGAGUGAUGACAGCUUUGAAUAUGGAGAAGAUAGCGAUGAAGACUCUGAGGGUGAACCUGCUACUAAAAGAAAAAAAUGCCAGAGCAAAAAUCGCAAACCAGCCUUUAAGUUCCCAGAAGAAUGCCCGAUAUGUUCUGAGGUCUGGAAAGAGAAACCAGAAAUGAUUCACCAUUUACAAAAACACAUCCCGAUUGAUAAGGGCCCAGAAGCGAUCGAGGAUGCCGUCCAAUCAAUUAAAAACAAAUUUGAAAAGGGGCACAAUUUUGACAUGGGAUGGUGUGGGGAGUGCAAAAAACUGUUCUUGCGCUUUAAAUCACACUUUGACAGAUGCCACAACGAUGAUCCAAGGUGUAGUGUACUGUGUCAGCAGUGCGGUAAAAUGAUCAGAACUACAUAUAUCAGAACGCAUGAGAUCUCACACCUAGAGGUCAAUGAAAGCGAUUACGUCCAAUGUCCACAGUGCCCCUCAAGGUUUAAGCACCAGGAAUACCUCAAGGGUCACAUUAGUAAGAACCACAACAAUAAGACGAGGAAGGGUAAGCAGUGCUCGACCUGUGGCAAGAUCUUGAGAAAUCAGUUACAUCUUGAGCGACAUGUAUUGAUCCACAGUGGAGUUAAGCCUUAUCCAUGCUCAAUAUGUGACAAGUCCUUCACGCAGAGUAGCAAUCUCAAGAUACAUAUGCGGCAGCAUACAGGAGAUAAGCCGUACGUUUGUGAGUUGUGUGAGAUGGCGUUUACCAAUAAGGUCAGCUUAAAGAACCACAAGAAGAAACUGCAUGGAAUCGACUGGUGGAAAGAGAGAGAAUCAUGGAAAAAGGAAGAUCCAGAGAGAAAUAAAAGUGAUGCCUCUGAAUGAAAAAAACAAAUGAUCUGAUUCGUUGAUGUAUGCCUAGGAAAAUGCCUGACAAACAACACUCGGACAGGACUCACCUCAGCUUUAAUUACCAAAAGAUGAUUACUAAUGUUGGUCGACAGUUAUACAUGUAAAUCUAUGUCACUGUAAAAUAACCAAUUCGAGUAGGGUAGCACGCUAUCUAUUUCACAAGCCGUCUGUAUUGAGAUGUUAAUAUUUGUGUGCAACUAGGCCCCCUGUUAAAAUAUUUGAACAUCGGAGGGAGUGGAGUAGUAAAGUUAAGGGGCCAAUGUGCUCGGGAUGCCUGUGGUUUUUUAAUUUA